AUGGGAGAAACACCAAGUCUCGAUGAUAUGCAGAGGCUAUACGACCAAAUGAGGGAAGAGAUGCUCGAAAUGAAGCAAGCUAAUGAGCAACUAGCCACUGACUUCUCAUCGUCGCAAGAAAAGAUUCAAAUCCUGCAAAAGGAGCUGGCGUCAUCCAAAGCCUCAAAGGUUCGACGUCGUGCCAAUAUGAACGACAUUCCUCUUAUGCAAAAUCUUUCUGAUUCAGAUAAUGCAGAAUCCAAAGAUGACACAGAGCUCGAAGACGAAGAACCCUCCAAUGACGAAGAAAAGAAUCCUGGUGAGCAUGUCUCCCAGUACAAGCAGCGGAUGUGGCAAGCGUCAAACCCUUGGCACCUAGUGGAAGCCGGUAUGUGCAAGUCUUUCGGAGCCACGCUCACCGGUCCUUCCCUCAAAUGGCUUGGAUCCCUGAAGCCCGGUAGCAUUGGCAAUUUUUCCACCCUCGUCAACAACUUCUACGAGAAAUUUGAAGGCAGUCGCAGACUGGAAAAGCAGACGAGCGACCUAUAUGGCAUCGUUCAAGGACCAAAAGAAUCUGUUCGCGAUUAUUAUAAUCGCUUUAACAAAGAGAUGAUUAGCAUUAAGGAUCUUGAUACUAAAAUUGCUAUUGAAUGUUUCAGGAAAGGUCUAAUUCUGCGACCAAAACUCUACAACCGUCUGACGAAGUAUCCAUGUCAAACGUUCGAGGAAGUCAAAUCACGAGCAUUAGCACAGAUGAGGCUGGAGGAAGAUGAUGCCAUCCUCAAUACCAUAUCAACGCGUCGUGCGCCAGAAAAUCCUAAUGACCCGAAGGCUUUCGUCCCCAAGAAGAAUAACUGGCGAAAUCAUCCAUACAGUCGUUCAAAUUAG